AACAGCACCCUCGUCGCAACGGAAAAGCGCAAUCUCGUUCGCCCUCGCCGUUCUCUCCCUCACACCUCGUCGUCUCCCUCCCCGAGAGAGAGAGCGCGCGCGCGCGCGGGCUCGAGGUCGAGGGUGCCUCCGCGCGCGGCCUUGCCUAGGCCCUCCCCCAUGGCGAUGUCGCCGGCAGCGGCGGCGGCGCUGGCCGUCGCCCUCGCCGCGCUCUGCCUCGCGGCACCGGCCGCCGGGUUCUACCUCCCCGGCGUGGCGCCCAACGACUUCGAGAAGAGAGACCCUCUUCCAGUGAAAGUCAACAAAUUGACAUCAAUCAAGACCCAGCUUCCCUACUCUUAUUAUUCUCUCCCGUUCUGCAAGCCGGAUAAUAUAGUUGACAGUGCUGAAAAUCUUGGUGAAGUUCUUCGUGGAGAUCGUAUCGAGAACUCCCCAUACACAUUUGAAAUGAGAGAGCCUCAGAUGUGUCAAAUAGUCUGCAAGAUUUCUGUAGGGGAGAAAGAAGCGAAGGUUCUCAAGGAAAAGAUUGAAGAUGAGUACCGUGUGAACAUGAUUCUUGACAACCUACCUCUAGUUGUUCCUAUUCAAAGAAUGGAUCAGGAAGGUGCUUAUUUCUAUCAACAUGGCUUCCAUGUUGGAGCCAAAGGACAAUAUGCAGGGAGCAAGGAUGAAAAGAGCUUCAUCCACAACCAUCUGUCAUUUACUGUGAAGUAUCACAGGGAUGCCCAAAGGGAUGUUUCUAGAAUAGUUGCCUUUGAAGUAAAACCUUACAGUGUUAAACAUGAAUAUGAAGGACAGUGGAAUGACAAGAAGACCCGCCUGACCACUUGUGAUCCUCAUGCAAAACGUAUAAUUACAUCAUCUGAUUCUCCUCAGGAGGUUGAAGUUGGCAAAGACAUAAUAUUUACCUAUGAUGUGGAUUUCAAGGAGAGUGAUAUCAAGUGGGCAUCUCGCUGGGAUACCUAUCUACUGAUGACAGAUGAUCAAAUCCAUUGGUUUUCCAUUGUGAAUUCCCUCAUGAUUGUCCUCUUCCUUUCUGGAAUGGUUGCAAUGAUUAUGCUCCGUACCCUUUACCGGGAUAUCUCCAAGUAUAACCAGCUUGAGACUCAGGAAGAAGCCCAAGAAGAAACAGGAUGGAAGCUUGUCCAUGGUGAUGUUUUUAGGCCUCCAUCAAACUCUGACUGGCUCUGUGUUUAUGUUGGUACUGGAGUCCAGUUCUUUGGCAUGCUACUUGUCACUAUGGUCUUUGCAGUCCUUGGGUUCCUUUCUCCAUCAAACAGGGGUGGGCUUAUGACAGCUAUGCUCUUGCUUUGGGUUUUCAUGGGUUUGCUUGCUGGCUAUUCUUCUUCACGUCUUUACAAGUUGUUCAAGGGUGCAGAAUGGAAGAACAUUGCUUUGAGGACAGCCUUCACUUUCCCUGGCAGUGUAUUUACUAUUUUCUUCUUCUUGAAUGCUCUUAUAUGGGGCCAGAAGUCUUCAGGUGCAGUUCCAUUCACCACAAUGUUUGCCCUUGUCCUCCUUUGGUUCGGUAUCUCAGUGCCACUAGUAUUUGUUGGGAGUUUCCUUGGCUUCAAGAAGCCUGCAAUGGAAGAUCCUGUGAAAACCAACAAGAUACCCAGGCAGAUACCUGAGCAGGCCUGGUACAUGAACCCAAUCUUCUCUAUUCUAAUCGGAGGGAUCCUUCCCUUUGGGGCUGUGUUCAUUGAACUCUUCUUUAUCCUGACCUCCAUCUGGCUGCACCAGUUCUACUACAUCUUUGGGUUCCUCUUUCUCGUAUUCCUGAUCCUGAUCGUAACCUGUGCCGAGAUCUCGAUUGUACUCUGCUACUUCCAGCUGUGCAGCGAGGACUAUCUCUGGUGGUGGAGGUCAUACUUGACAUCAGGAUCUUCUGCUAUCUACCUGUUCUUGUAUGCAACCUUCUAUUUCUUCACAAAGCUGGAGAUCACAAAGUUUGUGUCAGCUGUUCUGUACUUCGGUUACAUGCUCAUCGCCUCAUAUGCCUUCUUUGCCUUGACUGGUACGAUUGGAUUCUACGCAUGCUUCCUGUUCACUAGGCUGAUCUACUCUUCUGUCAAGAUUGAGUAAAGAGAGCUGUCUUCAAAUUCAUUGUUGCCAUGGCAAGUACUGAUCCUGCGGACAAUCAAUGUCCUCCAAGCUUUGUUGCCUGUGGCCUCAGUUUUGAGUUUUCAAAGCUGGUAGUUAAAGAUGAACUGGCGAUUUGUUAUCCCAUGAUUCAGGUAUCAUAGCUAGCUCAGUGAUUUUUGUUUCAUUUUCUUUUACCUUCUCUUUUUUGGAUUUAGCCCUUGGAACACGGCCUAUCAAGUGGUUGUUGCAGAGUUAAUUGUAUACGAAUGCUGAGUAAUCUCAUUUCUCCUCAUGCCAGAAUGUUAUGUACUUGUUGACCUACAAUGCGACUUCCAUUAAAUAUAUUACUGCAGUGGAAAAA